UGGUCUAGCCGUCCAGGUGGCUGUGACGUCACCAUGGCUCUAGGUGCUGGUGCUGUCGAGCCUCUCAGAGCUCCUCAGUGUUGCUGGAGGAGGACAGGAGGACAGGAGGAGAGGAGCGGAUGUGACCAACACGGGACAAACUAUGGACACGUUUAUCGCUUGUGGAUGAUGUUUUCUCUGCACAUUUAACAGCGCCAUCUGAUCGUCUGCCUCUGAGGAGCAAAUGUCACUCGGCUGAAAAAGGGAUUAAAUCAGGAAUCCGUCACCUCACCUAAGUAGGUGUGAACUGCUGGCUGCAAUCAUGGGGAACCAGCUGACUGAUAUCGCUCCCAACACCUCGUUCCUGCCAAACUUCCAGACUCUCCACGUGGUGGUUAUCGGGCUGGACUCAGCCGGUAAGACCUCUCUGCUCUACCGGCUCAAACUGAAGGAGUUUGUGAAGACGAUCCCCACGAAGGGGUUCAACACGGAGAAGAUCAAGGUGGCCGUGGGGACGUCCCGGACCAUAAACUUCCAGGUGUGGGACGUGGGCGGCCAGGAGAAGCUGCGCCCGCUGUGGAAGUCGUACACCCGGCGGACAGACGGCAUGGUGUUCGUGGUGGACUCCACCGAGCUGGAGCGGAUGGAGGAGGCCAAAGUGGAGCUCCACAAGAUCACCCGCACCUCGGAGAACCAGGGCGUCCCCGUGCUCAUCCUGGCCAACAAACAGGACCAGGACUCGGCCUCGUCCGUCAGCGAGGUGGAGAAGCUGCUCUCCGUCCACGAACUGAGCAUGUACACGCUGCAUCACGUGCAGAGCUGCAGCGCCGUGGACGGUCGAGGCCUCCAGCCGGGCCUGGAGAAACUGUACGAGAUGAUCCUGAAGAGGAAGAAGAUGGUGAAGCACAACAGGAACAGGAAGAGAUGAACUGAGGAGAUUUAUCCACUUCCGAGCUUAAUGGCCCCUUUUUUAAUGGGAGAGCAAUUUGUGCCAACACAACAACAAUUACACCCGGCCGGCCGCAGGGUCAGGAGAAAUGGAUUUGCUCAUAAUAACUGAAGCAGUAUCGACAUAUUCUUUGUUCUGCGAGCUGCCCUUCGAAAGCUCGAAUUAUAGAUUGAAAGGGAACCUUGAGCAGUUAGUCUUCACUAAGUGCUUUUCUACACUUGUUUUAAAGAAGAGUUCUAGCCAAGACUGUUAGGACUAAUAUAUGGACACAUCCAUGUGGCAAACCCCUAUAAUAUAUCCUUAUAAUCCUCACAAGCUUGCACAGAUUCUGACCCACUUAAUGGCUGUUUUUGUUCCACGGAUGCUUCCCUGAAAUAUUUAUUCCACAUAUUUUGUGUUUGUGUUGGACAGAGGGAAUUUUUUUUGUAAAUUAUGUGAACAACACGACGGUGUGGUGACGGAGCACCAAAUGAUAUUGAAUUUAAUUGCCAUGGAACAGUAAUCCCAAGUGCAUUCCCUUCGUGGCCACAGAGGUUAAGUUUCAGUUACUAUGAAAAAUAAUAAUGUUUAUACAAAUUGUAAAUUUUUUGUAACACUGACGACUUAAUAAAUCUAACCACUGUACAGAACA